AGAAUGCACCGCAGCAGGGCGAACCUUCAUAAACACCCUUAUUGUGGCGGCGCGGGUCUCCGGCUGCACACACACAGUGUAACACAGUGCGCUGAUCGCUUCAGCAGACUUUAAUACGGAAUAAACCUCGGGAUAAACAAACUGCAGCUGCUGCGACGAGACAAAGUGUGUGAACGUGCAGCUCCGGAAGUGUGGUGUUUAUUCGCCCACAGCGCAGUGAGGAACCCGAGCGGUGUAACGUGGAGCAGGUCGUUUAUUAAGGGUUAAAAGUCCCGGCUUGGCUUCGGGAAUACAGACUGAUAUCUGUACAUUAAUGUCUGACUGAUGGGUCGCUGGUGUCCCGGUUAGCCUACAGGCUACUAACGUGUUGUCUGUGGCACGUCAGCUAGCAUCCGGCUAAGUAAAGUUAGCAGCAGACGCGAGUUAGCAGUGUUUAUAUUAGUGUUUAUUGGUGUAUCUGUGUUUGUAUAUAGCGGUAUGUUGGUGUAAGUCGCACUGGUAAAGAAGUGAUGUGGUUAGUUAUCUGAGCUGAAUCUGGGGCAGAUCUGAGGAGGCUCACACUUGUGUUAGGACACUAAUGUAGGAGUUCUUGUUGAUCUACAGGCCACUAAACAGCUCGGGGAGUCCAGUGAAUGUAAAGUGAGUGGAAACGCUGCGAUGGAGCUGAAGAUGAAAUAAGACUUUUAUUUCAUACGUAACGAAAAAGCAACACAAAGACAAUCGGGCGGUUUUUCUCCUCAGUGCAGAUGUGAGGAGAAGAGCUGAAGGUUCUCAGGUCUGUCAGUCCACAGCCGAGGUUUGGAGGAAGAGGAGGACAUCUUCACCACCUUCAUCAUCUGUGUGUGUGUGUGUGUGUGUGUCUGUGAGAUGAUGGAGGGAGGAAAUGUGCAGAAGAUGAGUCCUUUACACCGAGAGCUCACUCGCACCUUCAGCAGCUACAACAAAAGCUCAGCGCUGCUGAAGAAGAACCUAAAGGAGACGAACAGCUUCUUCAGGGAGAUGAGACAGAACUACAGUAACGUGUGCACAUCUGGAGACCUCGAGCAGGGUCAACUGGGCUGUGUUUCCAUCCCCCAUCCUGAUGAGGAGUUUCUCCACGGCGUGGUGGGUAGCGCCCCCUGCAUCUUGGUCCUCGGACAAGACUGCCCCGCCCGCUACCAGCUCCUCAACUGCCUUCUGGGAGAGAAGCUCCUCCCCCUUGGCUCAGAACUGGGUGGGACCUGUGGACCGGGGGGGAGGGCCUGUAAAAGGAGGAAGUUGUGUUUCACUCAUGGGCGUCAGACACGACUCAGCCUGGCUCUCCCAGGGCAGUACGAGCUGGUGCACCAGUUGGCAGCUAACUGUAGCCGCUGGGACACCGUUCCCCUGCAGGACCUGGAGUUCCAGGACGAGUGUGAGGAUCCGGCGCACCGAUUGGCCGAGCUCGAGAUCACGCUGCAUCACUCGCUGCUACAGGAGACGAGGAUCAUGGUGGUGCCGUGUGAAGGCGUGCAGCCCUUUAAAGAGGCCCUUGAGGACUGCAUGCAUAACACAAUUCCCAUAAUUCUCUACGCUCUGAGUCAGGACUCCGUUACCCCGGAGCAGGCAGCUGAACUCCUGAAAGUCCGAGACCUGCUUCCGUUUCCCAUCUGCUUCAUCCGGGUCCCGGGUGUUUCUGGCAUUGCUGCCUCUCAGGUGCAAUCGGGCGCACUCCAGAAGCAGCUCUUAACCCUGGGCCUCCUACCAGAAGGACCGGGAAACUGUUCCUGCGGCGCUCCGUCCCAAACGCAGCAUGGCUUCUCUGGGAAACCUCACAGCGUACUCGGAGAGAGUUUGGACCGCUUCCAUCGACUCCUCAUCCACUUCUCCAGGCAGAUGUUCACCAGUCAGCUGGUGGAGGCGGCAAACCGUCUAAACGAGCUUCACUGCAGCUGCCUCAACCUCUUCAUCAACCAGGCAUUUGACAUGCAGAGGGAUCUUCAGAUAACGCCCCGGAGGCUGGAGUACACGCGGGAGAAGGAGGCAGAGCUCUUCACCUCCCUCAUGGCCAUCGCCAACCGCAAACAGGAGGAGAUGAAGGAGAUGAUUGUGGACACACUGAGCACCAUGAAGGAGCAGCUUCUGGAGGAUGCGGCCAACCUCGAGUUUACAGAUAUCAUUGUGAGCUCUAACGGAGACGCAGUGAGCAGUAAGGACAUAAAGUCAUGUAUUCAUCAGAUCCAGGAGCUGAUUGUUGUGCGUCUGAAUCAGGCUGUUGCUAAUAAACUCACCAGCUCUGUGGAUUACUUGCGUGAGAGUUUUGUAGGAACGCUGGAACGCUGCCUGAACAGCCUGGAGAAAUCCAACAUGGACUCCCAUAAUAUCACCUCCAACCACCUCAAACAGAUUCUGAAUGCUGCCUAUCACGUGGAGGUGACGUUUCACUCUGGGUCAUCUGUUACACGUCUCUUCUGGGAGCAGAUCAAACGGAUAAUCCAGAGGUUGUCGUGGGUGAACCCUCCCUCCAUCACAGCGGAGUGGAAGAGGAAAGUGGCUCAAGACGCCAUCGAGAGUCUGAGUGCCGCCAAACUGGCCAAAAGCAUUUGCUCCCAGUUCCGCACCCGGCUCAACAGCUCUCACGAUGCCUUCGCUGCCUCGCUUAGACAGUUAGAGGAGGGUCAUACAGACCGUCUGGGUCGGACCGAGGAUCUGUGGGUGCGUGUCAGGAAAGAACAUGCCCCCCGUCUCGCACGCCUCUCGCUGGAGAGCCGCUCACUCAUUGAUACACUACUGUACGGGAAGCCGAAGCUGGGGCGCGAGUUGGGCAGGGGGCAGUAUGGAGUGGUGUAUUUGUGUGACAACUGGGGGGGCAAUAACCCCUGUGCCCUGAAGUCAGUGGUACCUCCUGAUGACAAACACUGGAAUGACCUAGCACUUGAGUUCCACUACACAAGGUCUUUACCUAAGCACGAGCGGAUGGUGGAUCUUCAUGGGUCUGUGAUUGAUCACACGUAUGGUGGAGGUUCGAGCAUCGCAGUGCUGCUCAUAAUGGAGAGACUUCACAGAGACCUGUACACAGGCCUCAAGGCUGGACUUUCUCUGAAGGAGCGUCUGCAGAUUGCACUGGAUGUGGUUGAGGGGAUUCGCUUCCUGCACAGUCAGGGGCUCGUACACCGAGACAUUAAACUGAAAAAUGUGCUGCUGGACAAACAGAACAGAGCCAAAAUCACAGACCUCGGGUUCUGCAAACCUGAAGCCAUGAUGUCAGGCAGCAUCGUAGGAACACCAAUACACAUGGCACCAGAACUGUUCACAGGAAAGUAUGAUCACUCGGUGGACGUCUACGCUUUUGGGAUCUUGUUCUGGUAUUUGUGCAGCGGAUCUGUGAAACUACCUGAAGCUUUUGAGAAAUGUUCCAGUAAAGACCAACUGUGGACCAACGUCAAGAAAGGUUCUCGUCCAGAGCGUUUGUCUAGAUUUGAUGAAGAGUGUUGGCAGCUGAUGGAGGCAUGUUGGAAUGGAGACCCGUCUCAGAGACCGCUGCUGGGAAUCGUACAGCCGAGUCUGCAAAGCAUCAUGGGACGUCUGUGUGACGGUGCUGACCAGGGACACGCCAGCCUGGAAGACUCCACCUAAAACACACACCUUAAAAUACACAUGCAUACAGUUAAAAUAAAACGCGCGCACACACACACACACACACACACACACACACACACACACACACACACACACACACACACACACACACACACACACACACACACAGUGUGACACAUUCCCGGGAGAAACACAUUCAACUGACGUUGAUGUAAAAAGACAGAAGUGGUAUAUAAAUUGUUUUUGUAUUUUUGGGAGGUCUUGAGUUGAGUGUGUGUACACACAACCACACAAAACUGUCUUCUGUUAGGAAGCCAACACACUAUUUAUGAUCAGACGAUCUGAGCAACACAGUCUUAAAAUGUUUUUCUUUGUGUUUAAUGUAUAUUUAUAUAAAGUCAUAUUACACAAUGUUCUUUUCAUCAUGCAUGCUAAUUCUGCUUUGUUGUAGGAUUGUAACUAGAAUUUUUAAGAGUUGUGUGAUCAUAUUGCCAUAUUAUUAUAGAACAAGGAAAAAAGACUUUAAUUUUAGCUGGUGUUUAAACUUGCUAUCUGAACACGACUUUUUUAAUAAAAAAGGUUUUGUCAAGCUC